UGAAAAUUCUUAUCAGUGUGACGGACGACCGUAUCCGAGUAUCCGUUUUGCUUUCAUAUUUCUCUCCGUUGUGAUUUGAGAAUCGUAAAUUAAUUACUAUUUCGUCGAAACAUAGGUACCGUGAAUUAUUUUAUACUCUACAAACUACAAUCCAUUUUAAUCAUAGUUGUUCUAUUCACAGUUUAUUUCAUUUGUAUUUUUAUAUCGUCUAACAUUAAUGAUAAAAUUAAUUAUUUUUUUAUACAUAUUAUUGGUAAAUUAGGCUAUUUGUUCUGUCGUAAUGUAAAUUAUAUUAUUGUCUAAUAAAAUUAAUAUUAAACAUUCAGUUGAACUGUUUUUAUCGAAAAAAACUGUUCUGUUGUUCUCGUUCUCCAAUCAUGUGCUCAAAAUCUUUAUUGCUAUUAUGGAGUAGCAUAAUGUUGUUGGUGCUUCCUACAUUCUGUGAUGUACUUAGCGGUUCUAGUUCUAAUUCGGCCAAAGUCCGUGUCACGGAACCGACCGACUCUGGUUAGUAAACAAUGAAAUAAUGAAACUAAUAAUUUAUGUUCGCAUACAUUUUGGCAUUAUAUUACGUUUUGAAUAUAUCACCAUUUGUAAUAAAUCUGGUAUUAAUACUUUAGUGAAUACUUAGUAUUAAUGUAUAUCAAGUAUUAGUAGUAUUAGUAUAUAAAAUUUAUCUUAUUUAAAAUUAUAUAAGUACAAAAUAUUGAUGAAACUCAUACAUUUUGUUUAAAUACCUACUUAUACUAUCUACAUAUUGUAAAAUAUAAAUAUAAAAUUAUUUACUUUUCUUUUGUAAUUUGACCCAUGCAUUAGUUUUUUUUGUUUACAAUAGCUAAUUAUUAAAAAUAUUUAGGUACCUACUUAGGUAGAUAGCUUAUAUAUAGCUUAUUAUAUAGCUAUAUAGCUAUCUAGGCUAGAUAUAUCUAUUUCAAUUUACAAUUUUUGAAAACCAUAAUUUACGUUUAUUGUUAUUAUUUUUAACUCGUAAGUGUAUUUAAGUUAAAUAUUAAAUGUAUGCAUAUAAAUUAAAAUUAUUAUACAUCAUUAAAUGACAUAAUAUGUUACACACACACAUACCUAUGUAUGUUCAUUUUAUCAAAGUUGAUUGCAAUUUUGGAUACUUUUAAAUUAAGAUUAAGAUGUUUUUAUUUUGGUGUUUUAAAUAUUAAUCUAGUUGAAGUGUGAGGUUCACAUUAAUUGUACCUACACCUAAUAACUUUUGGUAAGAAUCAGAACCAAUAGAUUCCAAUAUAGAUUUACCUAUUCUGAAACUUAUCAUUUGCACUUAUGCUUAUUAAUAUGGAUUAACAUAAUAAUUAUUAAUAACAAAGCAAAAUUUUAAAUAUGACAUAUUUAUAUUAUUGAAAAACAUUAUAAAGUUAUAAUAUAAGCCCAUUAAAAAUAAAUAAAUAAUUAGCACAGCUGUGUUUGAUUUUAACAGUAUUUAUGUUUUGGUAAAUGUCCUUGUACUUGGUAAAUUAUAUUUAUUGCAUUCAUUGAUCUGUCUGUGUUAUUUAAAUGUUUGCAUUUAUCUAGGUAUAUAUUUUCAUUUAUAAACAUUUUUAGUCAUUUGUUUUAUUUAAAAAAUUAUAAAAAAAUAAAAAAAUGGGCUGUUUGAUACAUAAGUUACUUAAAUCACAUUCUCAUAUAAUUGUAUCAAACUAUUGUAUACAUUUUUAAUUUGAUUUGAACAAAUUAGUGAAUUAAAUAAAACUGAAAAAGCUUAGAAAAAGUACUUUAUAUCUCAUGUAUGUUUACCAUUUUUCAAACGUGGAGGAAAGCAUACCCUAGGAAUAUGCCAUUUUAAUCAAUAAAAAAAAAAAAAUUCUUACCAUAAAGCUUCUAGAACAGUCUUAUAUUUAAUCUUAACUCAUUAACGCCAUGGACUGCCAUAGGAAAACGUAAAUAAAAGUUUUUGUAGACAUUCUUUAUAAAGUGGGUUUAGUGGGAAUUUCCUGUAUCGUGAUAAUUAUAUAAUGUCAUAAAAAAAACUAAGGCUGUAAUGGGUUUAAUAAAAUGUUAUUUUUUUUCUAUCUAAUUGUAUGUUAAAUUAAACAUUUUAUUUGAAAUCAAAUCUACCCAUAGGUGUAUGCCAUAAAUACAUUUUUAGAAUUUUAAUAUUUGAUUUGUGUUAUUCCUUAAGUUGGUUAGGUCUAGUCGUGACAACUUUUAAAAUGUAUACUUUUUUAAAAAUUAUUGUGCAUUUAUUUUAUUAAGAUACAGGUCGGUGCCCAAAAAACUGUGAAGUAUAUAAUAGAUAUUUACAAUAACUUAAAUGAAAAAAAGUAAUAUAAUAAUAAGUAAAGAUAAUAAUGUUUAUAAAUAAUGAUAGUAGAGAACCAGUUGACAAAUUAAUUUAAUUUAUGUUCGUGACAUUUAAUAGUGUCUACCCUAGGUAUUAGUUAGUUGAAAAAUGCCCUUUCUAGGCAUAAAAUUUAAAAUAAGACACUUCAAAAAUGUGUGUACACAUUUUAAGGCAAUAUUUAGUUUAGGUGUAUUGGCUAAUGGUUCAUGAAUUAUGUAAAGUAAUGAGUUUAAUUUAACUAUUUUAACAACAUUUUCCGGUUUAUUAUGAUCAUUUUUAUGAUAUCCUUAUUUUUAUUUAGUACCAAUAAAUAAAUAGAAAUAUUAAUUAGUCAAAUCGCACACUUUAAUAUUAUAUUUAUAGGUGGUAUAAAUGAUUCUUGUAAUGAUGAUAUUGCAUGUUUAACAAUGGCUACACAAGAUAGGGUUGGUUUGGAAGCGAUUCGAUCAUUACAUCGGCAACUUGAUGAUGAUGCAGAUGGUGCUAUUGAUCUUUCAGAAUCUGACGAUGUAAGUAUAUUCAAAAGUUAAAUUAAUAACACUAAUAGCUAAUUAAUACAAAUAUAAGUACUAUCUGUUAUUUUAAUCCAUAACCUAAACAUAAUAGGGUAUAAUAAAUUGUUUAAAAUAUAUGGAACAAAUUUAGUUUAUGACCCAAGCUCAUUUUUCAAAUUUUUUUUCAAAAUGUUUGUUUUUGCUUAUACAUUAAGAAUCUAAAAAAAAAAGUUUGUACUACUUUAAUGGACAAGCAAAAACACACAUUUAAAAAAAAAAAAAUUUGAAAAAUGAGCUUCAUACAUAAACUAAAUUUACACCAAAUAUAUUAAAUUAUCUUAAAAAAAAAAAUCUAGUUCUUAUAAACCUUUUAUAGUUUAUUAUUGGUUUAAUACUUAAUCUUCUUCAGCAUGUUUUGUAAAAUUUAAGAAAGAGGGCAAGUAGCCAGGUUAGAUGCAACAAAUGUCAACAGUGAUAAGUUUAUAGUGAUAAUUGAUCACAUUAUGACUAAUGACAUUGUUGAUACUUGAACAUAAAAUAUUAUAUUUCCGAAUUGGAAUGAAGCCUGAAUUUUUUAUGAACAUUUAAAAUAUAUAUAUUUUCAAUUUAAAGUUUUAAAAAUACGAUUUAAUGUGAUAUUAAUAUUUCUAAAGUCUCACUUUUGAGGAAGUAUUGUUUAAUUAUUUGGUAUGUAUUCCAGACUAAUCAAAAUUUAAAACCUUAUGUAAACUUCAAGUUUGAAAUAAAUAAAUUGUUUUCAUGGGUUCUAUGUUGUUUUUUUACUUGAUUGGAAUCAUUUAAAUAAAUUAACACUCAGUAUCUUAAACUCAGUUCUUUUUAAAUAUUAAUUAUUUUUUGAAAUAUAAUAAUAUACAAAGUAAUUAUGUAUAGAUAUAUUAUAUUUAUGUAUUGAAAUUUGCAAAAUUAAAUUUUUAAACUAAAGUAUAACACAUUAUAAUGUGUCAAACUAUUAUUUAUUAUUAAUUAAUAAAGUAAUAACUGUAAAUAUAUAUGGUUGUACAAUUGUUUAUAAAAUUAUAGUGAUACAAAUAAUUCUAUUCAUCUUAAAGAGUAUUCUAGAACCAUUUUUAUUCUUAUCCACUUAAAAACUAAAUAACUAAAUACAAGUUUUCAAAUGACCUUCACUUUCACGGACAAAGCACAAUUAUGGCAGUCUGUUGACUCAUUUCACUUAAAGAUUUGUUAAACAGUAAUUACUUUUUUUUUUUUGUAAUUUUUGUUCAUAAUUAAUACUUGUUUUAUUUAGAAAGAAUUAGAUUAUAUUAUAGAAGAAGUAAUUGGUGUUCAUUGUUUUAAAAUAAUUUAAUGGCAUUUAAAUAAUAUUUAUAUUAAAAUUACUAUAGUAUUCUAUAUUAUUUAAUGCAAUUUUAUUUAAUAAUAAUACAUUAUUGAGGAAUUCUAGUACUUGUACUACUUAUUGAGAUUGCUCUGGCUGUCUUAACAAAAGUGAAUUUUGUUAUUUAAUUUUUGAAUCACAAUUACUCAUUUAAAAUCAAAAAUAAGUAUGAACACUGAACAAAAAAUCUGUGAGCUAUUUUUCUUGUUAUUUAUUAUUAGGUAUUUAUUUAUGUGUAGGUCCGUUGCUAUAGAUAAAAUAGUAGGUAAUAGGUGUAAAUAAACUAAAUAUAUGCUAAUGAAUCCAGCACUACUACAAAAUUUAAACAUUGAUCAAUUCUCUUUUGAACAAAUCGAGAAUUUUAAAUACUUAGGUGCUAGUAUAAAUUAUAAAAAUAAUAUGCAUAAUGUCCAGAAAAGUCCAGAAUAAGUGCAACAAACCAAUAAAAUGAGUAAAAUGUUCUCAUUGAAAGUCUUUUCAAGUGACACUAAAAAAAUUAUACAUUCCUUACUUUACCCCACUGUCAUGUAUGGGUGUGAAACAUGGUCCAUGACGCAAGGUGACGAGAAUAAGCUAUUGAUUUUAGAAAGAAAAAUACUUAGAAAAAUAUAGGGGCCUAUGUUAAACUCAAAUACUGUUGUAUACGAGCAGAGAAAAAAUGCAGACUUAAGCAAACUGUAUAAUGUACUGAAUUUACAGAGAGAACUGGUCAUAUUUGACGUGCAGAGAGUAGUUUGAUUAGACAGGUAUUCAUUAACAAACCAAAUAAAAACCGACCUGUGGGAAGAUCACGGCAACAGCAAAUGGAAUAAGUAAAAGAUGACUUAGAAAAAUUAGAAAAUAGAGCGGGUAUUUAAGAUUCAAAAGAUCUAGAAAUUUGGAGAGCUCUGUUAGAGUUGCAAAGCAGCUGAAUGACUGAAGCAAAAAACAAAAAAUUGGGAUGUAUACAUUUAAAUUGAAAAAUGUGGUUUACUUUUUUACUUUUUAGUUAAGUUUUAUAAGAUAAAAUAUAUUGUUAAUUCCUUUUAUGUUUAUAAAUUAGACACAGGUGUUAUUUUGGUGUUCCAUUAUAAAUUAUAAAAUUCUCAGUAUAGUUUUGAAAAUAAUGAAAAACAAUUCAUUAAUUUAAUUAGAUCAUAUUUCAGAAAUGUUUCAUGAAAUUCUGUAGAAAAAAACAAAAAAAGACAUUUUUAUAAAACUAUCAGCUUCUUCACUUCACUCAGAAUCUGAAAAUAGUUAAAUGCAUAAAAAAAUCAUAAUAUUCAGAUCUUUUGAUCAAUAUUUGUUUUGAUGUAACACAAUAAUAUAUAUAUAUAAUAUACACUAUUUUUGCUUAUUAGACAAGAAAAAUAAAAAUUUGUAGCAUUAGUACAGAAUGUGGUUUUGCUUAUUGUAAUGUGACAUGUGUAAAAUAUAUUUUUAACUAAUAAAUUUUCAAAAUAUAAUAGUAAUAUAAAUUAUUAACAUACUUAUUAUAUAAAAAGUUGGAUAAGUACUUCAAAGUGUAUGUAUUCAUAUUUAUUUUUAGUCCAUUGUUUUAUCAGCUAAAAUUACAUAUGAUGAAAAAUCCUAACUAUACUUUAAGAAGUAAAAUGUAUGAAGUUUUAUACAUUUUAGAAAAUGCUAAAUAUAAAAAGUCUUUAGUGACAUGUCGUUUUUGCUUAUGAGAGUGGCAGCAUAGCUAUAAAAUAAUAUAGCUAUGCCUAUUUAAUUUAUGGACAUUUUAAGGUAAGGUAUUUUGAGUUUUCAAUAAUUUAUAUUAUUUUAAUGAAUUUUUAUGUUCUUAAAAUAAUAUGAUUAAUUUUAAAUAAUUGUAACAUUUUUUGUAAUGUACCUAAAUGUUUUUCCUAAUUGAGUUAACGUUAAUAGGAUCAAUGAAAAUAAACCACAAAUUAAUUUAUAUUUCCCCCUCACAAUUGUUAGUAGUUUAUUUAUACAUAUGGUUGAGCGAAAAAAAAAAUACUGCAAUAUUUCCGCCUCAAAUUAAAAUUAUACUCCCAGGCAACCUAGAUUUUGGCAGUUUGCUCUUUGGGACAUUAUAGGUGUAACAUUUUUUGUAUAUUUCUUAUAAAUAGUGUGUUGAAUAAAUUUGGCAACUAAUAUAUUCUUGUGCUAAUAUAUGAUAUUGAAUUCGACUGAUGAAAGUGUUUAAGAAAAUUAGAUAGAAACCUACAUCUCGUUUUAAUUCAUAAAUAAAUCAACAAUAAUAAGUUUAUAGAACUAUCAAAAGAAAAAUUAAUUUUUUUUUUUUGUAUUUACCUUAGCUAAUUUUUAAUUUUGGUAUGACACAUUAAAAUGAACACCUUUGCAUCUACUGAUGGCCAAGGUUGACACUUGACUACUCGAGUAAUGUAAUAAUGGUUGAUCAAUAUACAGUAUUCUGCACAAUAAGUUUUACUGGGUUAAUUUAAAUUAUACGGCAAUAGAAACUAAAUCAAUUACCUACCAAUGUCUAACACCAUAUGUAUUAUUGAUUCAAAACUAAAUAAUAUAGUAUAAAAAUAUUAUAUACCUACUUAUAUAUAGAGUGAAACUUUUAUUUUAAGUGAAUUUUAUUUCUAUAUUUUUUUUAUCAUAUUUUAUGGAAUCAUUGAAGCUUUAUUUUAACAUUAUUUAAUAUAGCUUUAUCCCUACUCCUUAUAUUUUAAAUACCUAAGUACAAACUUUUGAUUUUUAAAUGGGACCUCCUCUCCUUUUAAAUAAAAAUUGAAUAAAAUUAUGUUUCUAAAAAUGUUGAUGUACUGUAAAAUUUCUGGUUUGCUAUAAAUGAACUAACUUGUAUACAUAUCAUAAAAUUAAUUAUAAUUUAAAAAAAUAUAAUAUAUAUAUAUAUAACUAUAUGAUAUUGCAUAGUAUAAUUGAUAACGUAAUUAUGAUACAUUAUUCAUUAUUUACACAUUUCAAAUUUAAUACAAAUUUGUAUAACUUUAUGCAUAAAUUAAUUGUGUAUACAUAUUUAAACAAAAAUAUAAGCUUAAUAAAACAUUUCACAAAAAAUAAUGAAAUGAUAUUCUAAUUGACAUUACUUUUUUGUAUUCUAUAGUUUCUACGUGAAGAAUUAAAAUACGAAAAAGAUGCUGAAAAGCGUCAAAAAGCAUUUCAUCAAAAUGAUGAUAUGUAUAUAUCUGUUAAAGAUCUAUGGGAUGCUUGGGUAAAAUCUGAAGUAAGUGAUUUUAUCAUUGUUAACAAUAAUAGAUUAUAUUUACAAUUUAAAAAUAAGAUUAAUGAAUAUUAUGUCUUAGGUGCAUAAUUGGACUGUUGAGCAAACUUGUGAUUGGCUUUCCACGUCAGUCGAACUACCUCAAUAUGUUCCUAAUUUUAUAAAACAUAGAGUGACUGGAGCACAUCUUCCUAGGUUAGUAACAAAUAAUGUUUGUAUUUUGUAUUCAAUUUGAAAAUGGCUAAGCAUAAUAUUCCUUUCUAUAAAACAUACAUUAUUGUAAAACUAACAUGCUUUGCGCUAAACAAUUGUUGUUAAAUUUUGUUGUGAAAUUGUAUAAUAUCUAAUAUUUUAAUUAGUAAACUAUAAGUUAUAACAAUAUACAUUUUAGAAGACUGAAGUAGUUCAAGAAUAAGAUAUUUCGCCAUCUACGAGUGUUAUAUCUAUACAAAUAUAUACAGGGUUCAUAAUUUUAGCUAAGCUGGUGUAAUUACAUUGAUGCCUUGCCAAUAUAGCGUGUAUAAAAAAAAUUGUAUCUUUUUAAUAUCAUUUUUUUUUGGGAGGGGUUCAAAUAGAUAUGAUCACAAAAAUGUAUUAAAAUUUAUAAAAGUAAAAUACCACAGACAUACUUCAUCCUUAGGUAGGCUUUAUAGGGACACAAGCCAAUAUUGUAUUAUUAUUUUAAAAUUAAAAACAAUAAUAUUAUGCAUUUAAAUAGUGUUUUAGGUUCAGUACUUUAUUGCAUAUCAUUCUAUUGCCCAUGCAUUUAAAAAUAAAACCGUCAAAUUAUCUAUGUCACAGAGUCCGGUGAGUCCGGUCACAUUUUGAUUGGACAUUAACUUUUUUGAAUCUUGGUAAAAAAAAAGGUAAAGUAUAAAGUCUCAGACUAAAAAAAAAAAAAAAACGAGCUGAGUUCCAUUAUUAAUUUUCCUCAAGUAGAGUAGUUACAAUAUUUCUUGUUUUUUUUUAGAUUUGAGCAGAGUGUGGAAUAUAUUAGUUUUACAAUGAUGUUUAUUUUUAAAUUUUUUUUUUAGUGGACAAUUUUUCUUCUAUCAAUUUUGAUCCAAUUUUCAAUGAUAACACUUUUUCCAAAAAGAAAUCGGACUGGGGAGGUCCUUUGGGGAGAUCAUUUUUUGUUUUUCCUCGAAGUUUUCCCAAAAUAUGAAAAAACGGGAAAAUGUAAAAUUAAAAUAUUGCAGUCUUUUUUUUUUCUGUGAACAACUAUUUUACUAGCAAUUUUUCUCCGAUUUUCAAAGAUAGCAUUUUUUCUAUAAGGUAUUCCCUGGAGGUCCUUUUUUGUUUUCCGAUAAAUGGGGAAAAUGUAGGAAAAUAGGUAAAAUGUUAAACAAAUAUUAUAUAAAGCAACACUAUACAUCAAACUUUUAAUUUAGUUGGUGAGUAAGAGAGCAAUUUUAUGACGUAUCCUGUAGUUUUUCUAAUGAUUGAGAAAAACAAAAAAAAAAAAAAAACAUAGAAAACACUGACAAAUUUAUGAAAAUAAUGCGUUUAUUAUUUUCGAUUUGGUUUUUAUGUUAUAAUAAUUCUGUUAAAAAUAUUAAAAUAUUUGUCAUUUUGACAGAAAACUUAUAUUUACAUUUUCUAGACAUGGUAAAUAUGUAAAAACAUUUGAGUUAUUUAUAGACAUUUUAAUUUUGUGAGUUCUUUUACAUUAUAUUUAUUCGGUAGCUAAGUACUCUAUGGAUAAAAUUAUUGGACCAAACAAAAAUGCUUGAAAAGAUGAACAGGAAAUUUAUUAUAAGUUGUACUUAAUGGUCAAUAAGAAAAAGUAAUUCUUUUGUAGUAUUUUUUUUUAUAAGAAUUUUAAUGAAAAUCAUAAAUAUUACAACUUUUUAAAACAUGUAUUAGCAAAUUUCGCUCAGAAUCGUUUAUUGUUAGCAAUGAUUAAUAUUUGCUUACAGAUAUAAAUUAAAUAAGUUUAUGUAUCUUACUGUCUCAACUUGGUGGCAUUCUUUUUUUUUUUUUUUUUUUGGUUGGAGUAAAUAAAAAAAUAAAAGUUUAAAUGUAUGGGGCCAAAAAGAGAAGCUUAAAAUGUUCUAUUCAUUAUUCCAAACCUUAAACUAGAAUAAAAUCAGUUCAGUAGUUUUCAAUUUUGUGUACACACAUCUUGUUAUUUUAGUAUUAUUAGUGGUGGGUCGUUUGUAUUUUAUAAUAUUUCAAUAAAUUUAUGGCUAUUUUUUUUUUUGGACUUUCGCAGUAGUUAUUAUUAUCCCAUCGAUUACUAAAAGAAUAUCGAAAAUCGACUAUACAUAAUGAUUGGGCAGUAACAUACAUUUAUACUAAUAACAGUAAUAACCAUUUACUUCUCACACAAAAACACUGCUUAACUCAUAUAAAACAAAAAAUUGUCUAAACACAACUACUUAAGGGCUUUCAAUCCCCUUAAUGCAUUAAUUUGUCAAUAAUAACACCUAUUAAGACAUUUGUUUUAUAACUAAAAGAAUAAUCAUCAGAUUGACUCAGAUUAAUCAUUGAGAGGAUGCUAUACCUGCAUGUGAUCGUCUCAGUCCAACGCUUUAGCUGAAAGCUUGGACAGGUUUGUUGAGAUGACAACCAAAACUGAAUCAUAUUAUCGCGACUAAAUUUUAGUUUUAAAGAUGAAUCUUCUGAUAAAUCAGUAAGUUCUUUAUUAGCUUUUAUUGAUAUCCUAGUCUUGAAUAUAGCUGAUAUAGCGCCCUGAAACGGACUCAGAACCCAGUUAUUUUGUUGACAUUUUACCAAUUCUUCUAGAAAGUAAAAAUUAAAAUUACCUAUUUUCUACAAAAUUUAAUUUAAUCUGAUUUGGCUAAUUGUGUUAUCAACUUUUUUAGAAUCCAUAGGAAGUACUCGUCUUUAUAAAAUGUAUUAUAGGCCCCUUUACCUUAAAAUUCUACUGAAGUGUUACUAUAGUGGAAAUGUAGAAUGCUUUUGUUGCUAUAUUAUGUGCAAGAUAGACAAAAAACAAAUAUUAGUGAAAGCUUCUUAAAAAAACGACAAGGAAAAUCAAAAAAAAACCUCAAUACGCCAAAAAAACUCAAAAUGUUAUAAUUAAACUCGCUUAACUGUUUUCAAAGGCAUUGAACUGAAUAUUUCUAAAAAGUGUAUACCAAAAUUAUAGAAUAUACAUCAGUCUCUUGUUAAUGGUAUUUCAUUUUAUUUUAAAAAGACUAAUAAUAAUCAUAUUUUAAUUAUUUUAAACUAUAUUUUCAGACUAGCUGUUACUAAUAUGCAAUAUUUGAAUAAUAUUCUUGGAAUCAAGGAUCCAAUUCAUAAGCAAAAGAUUGCAUUAAAAGCUAUGGAUGUUGUUCUAUUUGGACCUCCUAAAGGUUAGUCACUUAAUUUAAAUUUUUUAAUUGUUCUUACUACAUAUUACUAAUUAAUUUAUGUACCCAAUGUUUUCAAUAUAACAUGAUUCUGAUAUAUAAUUGCUUAAUCUAAUGUUACCCAUAAUUAUUUUGAAAAUAUAUACAUUUUGUUAGUUAUUUUUGAUUCUGAGUGAAGCGAGGAAUUUAUUAAUUUUAUAAUGAAGUUAUUUUUUUUUGUGGAAAAUUUUUUCUAUCAGCAAUUUUAAUUUAAUUUGCAAUGAUAGUACUUUUUUUGAAAGGAAAUCUUACUGGGGAGGUACUUUAAGAAGUUCAUUUUUUGAUUUUCUCAGGAUUUUUCUUAAUACAUGGGAAAAACCUAGGAAAAUUAGUAAAAUUUAUACAAUAUUAAACAAAUAUUAAAGAAAAUAUAUAAUGCAUAUGUAAUUAUUUUACCAUAAUAUGAUAUAUUUAUAUAUUGUGGAUAAAGCUACACUAUCAAUCGAAAUCUGCUUAGAAUCAUUUUUUUGUUAGCAAUGUAAAUCAUUGCUUACAUAUGUACAUUAAAUUUCCCCUCUACUAUUUUUCCAACUUCUCACCUAUAAAAAAGGCUGCACCCAUCCUCAUUAUUCUAGCCCUUUUUUUUUUUUGGUAUUUAACAAACCAUGUUACUAAUACUAAAUGUUUUUAUAAAUAAUAGAUACAGUUACACAUUUGAAAGAUUUAAUUUUGAUAACAUUAUUGCUUGGCGCAUCAAUUGGUUUUUGGUAUGUUUACAACCAAAAUAAAAGUUCAACUCAACACUUAAAACGUAUGAUGAGAGAUAUGGAGAGUUUGCAAAAAGCUGAAACUGCUCUUGAAGAUUUACAAGUAUAUAAUUAUUUAUUAUUAUUAUUGUUAUUAUUAUUUUAAUUUUCUGUUUAUUAAUUUAAUUGUUAGAAAGAACUAGAAAAAGCAAAACAAGAACAAGAAUAUGUUAGCACCGAAAAAGCAAAUUUAGAAAAGAAAUUAAAAGAACAACAAAUUAAAGAUGAAAAUUCAUCUGUAUUAAAAUCAUCCUAUUCUGAUUUGGAAAUCUCUCAACUCAAAAAUGAAAUUGAAGUAUUUUUAAAUGUUUAUGAUAUGUUAUCAUAUAUAUCUAUGUACAUUUUAUUUUACAGAUGUUAAGAGGUGAGUUGGCUAGAGCUGAAGGAGAAUUAGAUGACCGUUGCUGGACACCUCCACAUGGAUUACAGCAAUGGUUACAAUUAACACAUGAAAUUGAAAAUAAAUCUUACAUAAAAAAAAAAUUAAGUGCUGAAAAACAAUUACAGCAAGCAAGAGAAGCAGUAAUAUUUUUUUCACAUACAGUUAAACUAAUAUUGUAGUAUAACAAAUUAAAAUUGAAUUACAAUUUCCUUAUAUAGUGUGAAAAAUUACGAAAGAAAAGGUCUAGUUUAGUGGGUGCAUUUGUGUCAACUCAUGGAAAAUCAAUUGAUGAUGUAGACCGCAGUAUUGUUGAAGCAAGGUAAAAUCUAUAAUAUAAUUCUUAUUAUGUAUUAAAACGUAUAAGUUAUAAAUAUUUAUUCAUAUUUAUCAUUUGGUAUUUUAGAACAUCAUUAAAUGAAGUAACUCAAGAGCUCGCUGAAAGAGUGCAUCGGUGGAAACAAAUUGAAACAUUAUGCGGAUUCAACAUAAUAAAUAAUAAUGGUCUGUCUCAUUUAGAGAACAUAUUGUAUAGAAAUGUAGCAAAUGGGCGAAAUUUCUCAUUGCGAGGUUAGCGCAAUUUUAAGAUAUUGGUUGAAUAAGGUAAUAAAAUGUCCCAUUUUGUUAAAUGUUUCAGGUCGCAUGAGUAGUCAAGAUGAUCUUGAAGAUGAUUCCAGCCAGUAUUCAGUUUGCGUGGGUCCAGGUAAGGGAAGGGACGAUGAAUCUAUCAGUUGAAAUUUUCCUCUGCUUGUUUGUCUUAAUACUGUUUCUUCGAGUGUUUCCUAUUGCUUGCAAUAAUUUUAUUUAAUUAUUGUUCAAUUAAUUUGAAAUAAAAUACAGUUUUAUGCUUGUCAUUUUCUAGAUAUUUUUAUCCUUAUUCUUUUAAAUUAGAAUUUGUGAUUAUAGGAAUUUUUUUUAUAAUGACUCAUAAAUGCCAAAAAAUAUAUAUGUACUAUGGUUAUAUAUUUUUAUUUCAUUAAAUAAUUUCUUUUAAAAAAUAAAUUGUGCACAAAAAGAAAAAAAUUAUUUCAUUUCAAUCGAUUUUUAAACCAAUUAUAAUAAAACUGGUUUAAAUAAUUUACAUUAUUAUUGAAGUUUUCCCUUGUUUAGUAAUCAAUGAGAUAAACAAUUCACAAUCUAUUGUAUAAUAAUAAUAUUAUAUUAUAAUUUAAAUUAAUUAUAUUGUUAACUUAUUAUUAGAUCGAUGUUCUUAAACUUCCAGAGCAAACUACAUUUUAAUACUUAUAAAUAAUAUUAAAAUAUGUGUUUUAAAAUUGUUUAACCAUUAUAUACAAUAAUAUUUUUCUUGAGUUGUUAAAAUUAAUGUUUAUAACAAUUAUAUUGAGGUAUUUUAUAAUUAAUUUGUUAUUUUUGAUUUAUAAUUCCCUGUUUUUGACUUAUUUAGAAUAUCAUAAAUUAUUUGCUUCCUUUAUUUUAAACAUUGUUUAUUUUUUUUUUUUUUUUUUUAGUAUAACAGUAGUUUACUAGUAUUAUGUUUUAGUUUUAAUUUUCAAUUCAAAAUUUACACGUUAUUAGAUGUUUUAAUUUCAAUUCAUAAAUUAUGAUUUAGCAUAUACCUUAAUACAUUAAGAUAUUUAUUACUUGGUGCAUUUUAUUAAUUUAAUUUUUUUUAUCCUUAAUGCUGCAUGAAGAUGAGUUUUUGUGGUAAGCAAAAUAUAACAAAACUAUUAUUUUAAAAGAAAAAACACAACAACAACAAAAUAAAAUUGGUAAAUAAAAAUUAAAAUCUAGUCAAUCUGGAAAUAAUAUUUACAUUUAUUAUUGUGUGUAUACUCACUACCAUGUUUUAAAUAAAAUUCAAAAACCUAAUUAUAUAAAAACUAACAAAUCUCAUAGGAGCUUGUACUUAGCUUGAUUGUAAUAUAAUUGUUUAAGUAUUAGAAAAUUAUAAUUAUAUAAAUGUAUAGUACACAAAUUAAAUAUAUAUAUUAAAUAAAUUAUUAUAUCAAUUAAUAUACUAGCUUAAUUGUUUAUUUUAUUUUAUUUAAGUUAUUAUAUGAUAAAAUAUUUUUUUAUUUUGUUAUAUUCAUUUUAAUUAUUAAUAUUUAAUAUAUUAUGAAUUUAUAAUUUAAUCAUCAAUCUUAUAUUGUACUCAUGCUCAUAAAUACAAGUUACUUAAUUCAAAUUUAUACACAAAUAUUAAGUUGUAUUUUAUUAUAUAUGUUUACUUGCUUGAGUGUUUUAUUAAAUAUUAAAAUUGUAUUAAUUUAUUAUAUGUUUAAUUGUAUUGUAUAUAUUUACAGGGACGUCGUAUCAAGACCUUGGUGUUUGUGAAAAUACCGCACAAUGGCGGGACAACGGCCAGGAUUCUUCAGGGAGCGACCAACCAGAAUGCGAGGACGAAGAACAAUCCCGUUCCUUGGAUACAAAACCCUGUUUCAUAGUCGGCGAAGACAUAUGUGAUGUAAAACAAUCACAACAAACUGCUCAAACAUCAGAUAUAAUAUUGAAAUCCCCUAAUCACGAUGGAAUUCAACCUUCAUCUGAGCAAGUCGUAAGUUUGUCCUGUGUGCCGUAUGCCUAUUGAAAUCAUGAACCUAGACUUUUCAGUAGGAACACGAAAAUUUAAAUUUUAGAUUCUGAGCGGAGUGAGGAAUGUAUUUUUUUUACAAUGAUGUUUAUUUUUUUUUUUUUUGGACACUUUUUCUUCUAGCAAUUUUGCUCUGAUUUACAAUAAUAUCACUCUUCUUGAAAGGAUAUCUGACUAGGGUGUGGUACUUUAGGGAAGUUGUUUUUUGAUUUCUCCAGUUGUUUUCAUAAUAAAUGGAAAAAUAGGUACAAUAUUAAAAAAAAUAUAUAAUGCAUAUUUUAUUAUUUUAUCUUAAUAUGCCAUGUAUAUAUAGGGCGUGUUUUGGCAACGUAACUUUCAGUAAACAGUUUGCUGUGUUGUUUACUAUUUGGUCGGUACUCUCCAAAUGUUUUGUAUACUCUAUAGUAUUUUUUGUUAUAGAAAAUGGGUAAUUGGAAAAAAAUGACAUAACAAAAACAACAUGGAAAAAAAGUGACAGGUAAAAAACAACAAGGUAAAAACCAAUAAGAGUAAAAAAACGACAAGGGAAAAAAUAUCAAAUGUAUUUUACUUAAAAAUUACAAAUAUUAGUGGCAGGCUUCGUACCUCUGAUCAAAUAACUUCUAUUGUAUGACUGUCCAAUUGAUAUUCUAAUGCCCUGGAUUAUUUUUUUGGUGGAGGUGCUCGAAAUAUGUUAUUUUUAAAUAGUAAUAGUAUUUGUUUCCAGAUAUGUACAAAAAUUCAAAAACACGCUUGUUCAUGAUUUUUUACACACUUAUUGUUUAUGAAAAAAACUUUACAUUAUCUAUAGCAUACAGUUUACAAUAUACAUUUAUAAUAAUGUAUAAUAUUAUUUUUAUUAUCAUUGACUUUAAUUAAUUGACUUAAAACUAAUCUUUAUAAAUCAUAAAAUGCAUAAGGAUAAUUAACUAAUCUUUAUAAUUAUCUUUAUGAUUUUUAAGUAAAAUGCAUUUGACAUGUUUUACUUUGUCGUAUUUUAUCAUUGUCAGUUUUUACUGUGUUGUUUUUUACUUGGUGUUUUUUUCCAUAUUUUAAUUUUCCGUGUCAUUUUUUUUCUAGAUUCAGAAAAUGGAUGGAAUAAUUGAUUUAUAGACCUUAUCAGUAGAUUAUAAGUAACCGAAAACGGUAAAAGUAGUUUUCAAUUGUUUGCUGAUUCCGGCAACCCGGUUGCCAAAAAGUGCAUUCAGCUAUUAAAAAACAGUUUGUUCACUAAACUAGUAACCAAUUUGCUCAAAACUGCAUUGCCAAAAUACACCUAUUGUUGGCAAAGCAACACUAUUCACCGUUCUCCGCUCAGAAUAAUUUUUUCGUUAGUAAUAGUUAAUUGUUGCAUACAGAUAUACAUUAAAUUUUCUCUUUACCUUCCCAACUUUUUAUCCACAACAGUGGCUCAUUCGUGUGUGAAGUGUGUCUGUUUUUUUAUAUAAAAAUAUGUUAUAGGUCGUUCCUGGUAUGUUCCGUCAUUCAAAUUCAGAUUCCAAUCUGGAUCCAAAAUAUCGAAAGUUAUCAAAAGUAUCUAGCCGUCCAGAUAUUGGCCCUGCACCUUCAACAUCUAGUGAAGUAUCUGUAAAGCGUAUUAAACGGCACAAAUUAUUCCCAAUAUUUUUGUCAGCUAAAAGUAAAGCAGCUAAAUCUUACCUAAAUACUGAUAUCCCUAAUGUAAAUAAUGAUAAGACGAUAAAGAAUUUUAAGCAUAAAUCAUGAAUCUGCUCAUUCCUCUUUAUUGGUUACUUGUACAUAAUAAUAAUUGUGAUAAACGUGAUUUUAGAAUGCAGAAAAUAAGUGAUUUAUAAUUGGUACGAUUGUUAUGUAUUAAAACUAUUUAUAAAAUUAUUUAGUUUUAGACUGAAUUAUCCACAAGACAAGUAAUUCCAGUUAUUUUUUAAUAAUUUUAUUGUUUAUAAAUGUAUUAUUUAUUUUAAUCUAUAAAGUUUAUAGAAGGUGCCUUAAAAGUACUUAGAGCUGUUAAAUGGUACUUAAUUCACAAAGACAAAAAAAUGAAUUUAAUUUGUUUUAAAGAAUUUUUUAUUGACCUCUUUGAUGUGAUUGUUGAACUCAAGAACAUUAUUUAUAGGACUGAACAAUGUGAAAUUAUAUUAGACAAUUAAUGGCAAUGAUAAAUGUAAUAUUAUUUUAAAUAUUAUUCUUAUUUUUUUAAGUAUACCCAAAUAAUUUAAAGACAUUGUUUUUAUGGUAAGGUUACUAAUCUUAAGUUCAAAUUAAUUCCUUUUCCUAAUCAUGUAGAAGUUUCUUUUAUGUGUAAUAUUAAACCAAAAUAUUUAGUAAGUCAUUUUUUAUUCAAACUGGAAAAUAAUUUAUUUUGGUUUCACAUUUUUAGGCAUGUUAUUCUUGACAAAUAUCUAUUAAAUAACCAUUCUCUAUCAAACAUAAUUAAUAUAUUUUUAAAAGUUUGAAGAAAUUAAUUUAUCUAUCUAGUUUAAAUC